AUGUGUUUUCAGUCCUCUUGGGCAGGAAGCGUGGCCCAGGGGACCCUGGGUGCCUGGCUACUGGGUGGCCUGAGCCUGGGUGACCUCUGUGGCCUGGGGGCAGCAGCACUGGGGGCAGGGACCAGGGGUGCCCCAGGGACCCUGCACCCUUGCCAGGCACCACAGCAGUGGGAGGCCCACUGGGUUCUGUACCCACAGAGCAGCAACCAUGCCCUGCCCUCCUAUGACGGGCUCAACCAGCAUGUAUGGGUGCUGAAUGAGCAAAAGGUGCUGAUUCCCUGCAAGAGGUUAUUUGAAUAUAUUUUGUUCUAUAAGGAUGGAUUGAUGUUUCAGAUUGAACAAGCCACCAAGCAGUGCUCCAAGAUCACACUGACAGACCCCUGGGACCCUCUAGACAUUCCUCAGAAUGCCACCUCUGAGGACAAGUACUCCAUAGGGGGCCAGGAGCAGAUCACGGUCUAGGAGGGGCCUGACAGAAAGCCAGCUAGAUGUUAUGAAAUCUGGAUUGGCAUUUAUACAGUCAAAGAGGGUUAUCCUGUCCAGGAAACCUUCGCCUAGAGUUACAGCAUAAUAUUGUCCACGCAGUUUUUCAAUGUACUGCUGGGCAUUAAAGACCCCUCAGUGUUUACCCCACCAAGCACCUGCCAGAUGGCCCGGCCAGAGAGGAUGAGCCAGAACUGA